UGUUCCCGUGAGUCCGGGGGAAAGUUGGCUCAGGGGCCUCUUCUGCUUUUCCUGUGCAAACGAAUGUGUCGUCUGAGAAUUUGGCCUUGUCCUUGCGCGUUAUUGUUGAACGUUACAUGAAGGUAGAAAGAUGAAGAGUCACAUUCUUCAGGACUUAAGUUUCUUUCCCUGUAAAAUGAAACCAUUAGGAUUUCCUGAUGGACAUCAUGGCUCACAGUCCUAUUUUGUGGCUUCAGAUCUCUUUCUCCUUUCCUGAGGAAAAGAUAGAAUCAGAAAGGAUGGCAACUGACUGUUUGACAAAUUUUUCUCAGGACUCAGUUACCUUUCCUGAUGUGACUGUGCACUUCACCCGAGAGGAGUGGACUUUACUGGACCCAGCUCAGAAAAAUCUGUACAGAGAUGUGAUGCUGGAGAACUACAAGAACCUGACCACGGUAGAGGCCCUUUCUAUUAAUACAUCUUUCCCUGUGAACAUAAUAUCACUUGUCCAAACCCAGUCUGAUCGCUUGGUUGGAACAAGAAGCGGAGUUGAGGACAGUGGAGAGAAUCUUCCAAGGUGAGUGAUUGUGAAGAUCUUCCGUGAUCAAUGAAAAUUUCAGUGUAUUUAGUUAUAAUGAGGAAACUUGAAGAUGCACUUUCUUUAGAAGGCUGAGGUCACUGGUCUCUGAAACUUUGGGAUAUUGUCGACUUCUCAUAUGUUCUUAUUUUACAUAUUUAAUCACAAUUUUCUGUGAUAUCACAGAAUGACUUUUUCUGCUUUUUUAACUUUAUGAUUUGGAUAUAUGGUCUUUUCUAUAACUGUCCUACUUUCUUUCUCUGAUAGUAUUCUGUUUCUUUUCCCCAUCAUUUUUUGAUUUUCAUGGAAUCAUUUUAAUCAA